AUGUUCACGUUCUGUCCCCUGCUGGGGGCGAAGUCAGAGUCGACGGCGUCACAAUCGCUGCUGGAGCUCGAUGGCGGCGUCAAGGUGCUGAUUGACGUCGGUUGGGACGAGUCGUUUGAUGCGGAGAAGCUCCGGGAGCUAGAAAAACAGGUGCCGACAAUCUCGCUCGUGCUGCUGACACACGCGACGGUAUCGCAUAUUGCGGCCUUUGCACACUGCUGCAAGAACUUCCCGCAAUUUGUGCGGAUCCCCAUCUUUGCGACGAAACCGGUGAUCGACUUGGGCCGCACACUGCUGCAGGAUCUCUACGCGUCGACACCGCUGGCGGCGUCGACGAUCCCGCGCGGCUCGCUGGCCGAGGCCUCGUAUUCGUACUCGCAGUCACUGUCGGCCGAGCACAGCCAGUUUUUGUUGCAGGCGCCGACGGCCGACGAGAUCACGCGCUACUUCUCGCUGAUCCGCGAGCUCAAGUACUCGCAGCCACACCAGCCACAGGCGCCACCAAGCCUGCCACCGCUUAACGGGCUGACCAUUACGGCCUACAACUCUGGGCGCACGCUCGGCGGAACGAUCUGGCACAUCCAGCUGGGGCUCGAGUCGAUCGUUUACGGCGUCGACUGGGGCCAGUAUAAGGAGAAUGUAUUCUCGGGCGCAGCCUGGAUCGGCGGCGGCGGCUCGGGUGGCUCCGAGGUCAACGAGCAGCUGCGCAAGCCGACAGCGCUCGUGUCCAGUAGCCGGGCCCCGGCCGUGCUGCGGCCUGGGCUGCGCGAUGAGCAACUGCUGCAGGCCAUCCGCGUGUGUGUGGCUCGCGGCGGCACCGUGCUCAUCCCGGUCGACUCGAGCGCCCGCGUGCUCGAACUGGCUUACCUGCUGGAGCACGCCUGGCGCAAGGACGCGGCGGCGGCGGCGGCCGGAAGCAACGGGAAAGAAGACAUUGGCCUCCUGGCCCGGUCUAAGCUCUUCCUGGCGGGGCGCACGUCUGGCAGCCUGAUGCGACAUGCGCGGACACUGCUGGAGUGGAUGAACGACGGGAUUGUGCAAGAGUUCGAGGCCGUCGCCGACGGCUCCAAGCAGCAGACAAACAACGGCGGCAAUCGAGGCCGAGGAGGCGGAGGUGGUGGUGGUGGCGGCGGUGGCAACGGCGCAGAUGACAACAAGAACCGAGAGUCGGGCCCGUUCGACAUGAAGCAUCUACGGCUGCUCGAGCGGCGAGCACAGGUGGAGCGGGUGCUGAACAGCCAGUCGCCACCGGGCGGCGGAAAGGUGAUUCUGGCCAGCGACGCGUCGAUGGAAUGGGGAUUUUCCAAGGAGGUGCUGCGGCGCAUCGCCGACAAGCCACGGAACCUGGUGCUGCUGACCGAGGUGCCGGGCGUGCUCUCCGCCAACAAGCGCUCGCUGGCGCGGACGUUGUGGGAGUGGUGGAAGAGCGAGCAGGGACAGGAGGCAGCCAGCAGUGGGGGCGGUGGCAAUCCUGUGCGGGCAGGCGGACGGCAUCUCCAGUUCCAAGACGGGCUCAAGGUGGCGCUGGAUGGGGCAGAGCUGUUGCUGUACCAGCAGUGGCUGGCGACGCAGCGGCAGCUGCAGGCGACACUGCAGACAGGCGGGCCGACGUCGCUGGAGGCAUUUGCAGACGCGGGCGAUGACGUGUCAUCAUCGUCAUCGUCGUCAUCAUCAGACGACGACGAGCAGUCGGACAGCGAGCGGCAGGGCAAGGUGCUCAACAUCUCGACAACGAUUGGACAGGCUAGCCGCAAGAAGGUGGUGCUGCGGGACGAGGACCUGGGAGUGACCAUUCUGAUCAAGCGCAAGGGGCACUACGACUUUGACGUGCGCGGCAAGAAGGGUCGCGAGCGGGUGUUUCCGGUGGCGGUGCGGCGGAAGCGCAACGAUGACUUUGGCGAGCUGAUCCGGGCGGACGAGUACCUGCGUGAGGAGGAGCGCGAGGAGGACGGCAAGGGAGGUGAGAGCGGGGAGGGUGGUGGCCUAGGGCGCCAGCAGCAGAUGAACCAGCAAGACGGACUGGGCAAGAAGAGGAAGUGGGACGACAUUGUCAGCGGCGUCGGAACGCGCGGACGGAGUCGAACGGACGAGCGAACACGAGGCUGGGGACCAGGGCUGCGACAGGGCCGAGCAGACGAGCGAGACGACGGCGACGAGGCCAACCGGGACGGCCGAGAGGAGGCAGAGGAGGAAGAGGAGGACGAAGAGGACGAGGAGCAGCGACUGCAACAAGAACAGCAGCAGCAGUUGGUAGGACCGGCCAAGAUGGUAUUUACGACGGAGACAGUGGUGGCACAAAUGGCGAUUGGAUACGUGGACUUUUCAGGGCUGCACACAGACCGCAACCUGGAGAUGCUGUUGCCGCUGGUGGAACCACGAAAGCUGAUCCUGGUGGGAGGCAGUGCGGUCGAGACGGAAGCAGCAGCGACGCGGUACCGCAAUGUGGUCAGCAAGCAACGGGGCGUGGCGGCCGAGGACGUGGACGUGUUCAGCCCAGCCGUGGGUGCGGCCGUGGACGCAAGCGUGGACACGCACGCCUGGGUGGUGAGACUGGCAGAUGCUCUGGUGAAAAAGCUGCGGUGGCAGAAUCUGGGAGGCUUGGGGAUUGUUACGUUGACGGGACAGUUGCAGGUGGAGGGUGGUGGUGGUGGUGGUGGUGGUGGAGGUGGCGAGAACACGGCGAGCACCGAGGACAGUCUGGCGAGCGGCGACGGUGGUCUGGUGAAGCGGCCGAAGAUGGAGGCCAAGGGAGCGGUUGUUGCGACAAGCUCGACUUCUCUGGGCGAUGCUCUGCCGACUUUGGACGUGUUGCCAACAGGCGUGGCGGCGGCGGCACGGGGGGCGGGAACACAGCCGCUGCACGUGGGCGAGCUGCAGCUGACCAAUUUGCGGCGAGCAAUGCAAAAUGCCGGACACACGGCCGAGUUCCGCGGCGAGGGCACGCUCGUUAUCGACGGGUCCGUGGCCGUGCGCAAGACGGCGGCCGGCCGGGUCGAACUCGAGAGCAUCGGUCUGCCAUCGGACGGCGGGCCGGCAACACGACAGGGCGGCACGUUCUACGCAGUCAAACGCAUGAUCUACGAGGGGUUGGCGGUGGUGGCAGGCGGUUGA